CGUCUGGGUGACAUUCACACCUCUAAUCACUUGUAUGUUGACACCUCUUGAUUUUUUUCCAAACAGAUGCAUCAUUUCGAUCCAGUUACCGAAAAAUCACUGUCAACGUUCCAAUUACUCAAAUUAAAACCUCUUCAAAACAAUUAAUUUAUCGGAAUUUUGCCCGCCCGGAGUCAUGUUACAGUCAUCGACCUCGUUGUAAAUAUCCCAUCAAAGUGGCCAUGUCCCACCAUUUGUCAAGUCCAAUUGAGUAAUCAAAUUUUUUCUAAUCAGUGUUACCACCCUGAAAAUCGUGUUAAUUGGUACGAGUGUAACAUCAUUACCGGAAAUCGCCCUCGGGGUCAAGGCUUUUGAUUGAGUUAAAGCAGAAAAACAGGUAGGACUCUCUAAAAAUAGUGCAUCGGUCCCCAGGCCCGAAAGUGCGCCCGUUCGAAACACCUUUCUCCACUCCCAAGUGUCACAAUUUGGCCAAAAUCCUCUCCGUGAUGUUUUCAAGCUCGACCGCGAGAUAUUUACAGAGAUUUACAUUAUUUUUUUCAAAGUGAGAGGCGCGGGGGCGGUGAUUUUGACGUCAAGAGUGACGUUUGGCAUACCACAGAAUGACAGUGGGCGAACUGUCGUUCAGGUGCAAAAAUUUAACAAAUCCUUGCAAUUAAUUGCGUAAACAUGGGACAAUGAAGUGUUUGCCUACCGAAAUCACAUAACAACUUGCUGUGUGAGGAGAUCCGGUGAGGGAAACAUGGUUCAAGCACUCACUAGCACUGCACACUCGACGGAGGGAUUGAGGAUUGUGUGAUUUUUGAGGGUUUGAGGAAAAACUUGCGAAUUUACAAUGCAACCUUCGGAUCGUAUGUUGUGCCAGACUGAAGUUGGUGAAACACAAAUAGAACUGUUCUGUCACGUGAAAUGAAAGUGCGACAGUGGCGACGCCAAACGGCACGGACAGGUGGAGAGACACGUGUAGAGCGCCCGGGGAUAGGCAACCAAUAAAACUUUUUUGUAAUGAAAAAAAUUAACUGUUGAUUAAUUUGAGUUUUAUUUUAUUAUGUCCUCAACAAAUCCUUUUACAAAAAACCUGACAAAAUUAUUAAUGCUCGGAAACAAAAAAAAAGAAAUAAACAAUGAUUUUGAAACACAUUGAGAUCUCUUUGACACAUUUCAAUAUUCACCCAAUUCUCUCCUUAUCAGAGGAUAUGGAAACUGCGUCAUUCAUUACUACAUUUCCGUUCCAAACAUUUUACUAGAUCCACUUGUUGAUCCUCCUCAAGUAUUGAUUUUCCCCAGACAUGCUCAGUCACAACAGUCUAGUCAUCAAUCCGCAAUAUGUUAGCUGCUUGAUUAUCACACAAUGGAAGACUUACUCCUCAACAUCGUCAAAGAAUCAACCGGAACGAAACUCUCGAAUUUGAAACAGAGCGCACAAGAAGCCCACGACUUAUUAUGCAACCAGAACAACCUCCUCCGCAGCCCCAGCCACGAGCUCCGCACCGCCUGCUUCGUCCCCCUUAAACUAGCCCUAGAAAGCAGAAAAAGCAAACUGGUCUCAUUGGCCUUGACAGGACUCAAUAAAAUUGUGCGGGACGAGCGGUUCCAGUCGGGCACUGAACCCGAAGAUGACUCUCUUUGGCUCCCCGCGCAACUCCUCCUCUCCACGUCUUCUAUGUUGGCUCAGUGCGAAGAUACCCAAGUCCAUAUUUUGAGGGUAGUCCUCAACUUGGCAUGUUCGGCAAGUUGGGCCUUGAAUGGGCGUUUGGUUAUGCUUCUCAUAACAAGAUGUGGGGAGGCCUACGAGAAUGGGACUCAGCCUGUGAGGGCAGCUGCUCAAGCAGCAGCAAGCCAGACUUUGACCGCGUUUUGUACUUUUUUGGACGAGGAGUGUCAAGAGAUUUUGCAACAGCAGCAAAAACACAAGAAUUCUGGUAGUAGUGCUGAGAUGGUGUAUACAAAAACAUCAGCAGUGGCGUGUUUUAAUGAAGCUAUUCCGGUGAUGCAGUAUUUGUGUAGUAGACUAGAAGAAUCCAAAACGCAACUUAAAUCAACUGAUUUAACAAUUUUUCUCCUGGAAUGUCUCCUGACUCUUGUUAACACCCUUCCGCACACUGUGCAUUCCAACAUCCACUUCACUACUUUUCUCUGGCAGCGCUUUUGCCCCGCCCUUUUAUCCCUUCUGGGGGCUCCGGGUGACCCCACUGGCCACUCUCUCACCACCAAUCAAAGUAAAAUCAUCUACAGUAUUGGUAUCCAAGUUGUGCGUCUUGUAGGACGGGAGCGUGCCCUUCGUCCCGUCCUUGAAGCCCUUUUCCAUCGUAUGCUCCUCCUCCCGAGUCCUACCAAAAGACUUGAACCUUUAAGGGCCGCUCGUGAACUUCUGAGAUCACCAGGACGUCUCGCCGACCUUUUGCUACUAAGUGGGGCUAUUCAUAGACAUGCGGGGGACGACAUGGCUAUAAUCCGGCUAAUUAUGGACUCGAUCGAGGAGUCAUCACAAUGUAGCGAUACGAAUGUACUUUUGGCUAGUGUGGAGUGUGUGGGGGCCCUUUUAGGCUCACUUGAGGCCCUUUGCAGAGGCGAGGGACUCAAUCAAGAAGGCGCUGAAAUCGCUAAUUUGAGAUAUGUGACCUUGGAACAAGCUGACUAUACUGGACCUUUGACUUAUCAGUCAUUGGCAAGGCUUCCGAAGCCCUACCGGGACGUGGUGGCAAAUUUAAAAUGUCAAAGUGACUCUGACAGUAGUGGGAUUGAGGGUAAUGUUCCCGAUAUCGAAGGCGGCUCCGAAUCGGAUUGUUCCGGCGCGACGGAAGGUCCCGAAGAGUACGGGAGCCAAUCAGAAGACAGUAUAAUGGACGAUGACAGUUUUCUAACCAAUCAGCAACUCCAGAAGUUGCACAAACUUCCAAAGUCGCUAAAUUUGGGCCGGAGUGGUUUAGAGGAGUGCAAUACUGACGUGGAACGUCACAAUGCCCGUCAUUUCGUCAAAACUCUACAAAAUAUACUUUUACCGAACCUUUUGUCUCUAAGAUCAUCGAUUCAAGUUGAUGAAGUUUUGCAAGAAUUUGCCUCCAAGUGUUGCCAACAUAAUUCGGCUCAAAGUUACGAGAUUUCAACGAUUAUGAACGCUGAUGGGGUUUAUUUGGCCACGUAUUCGGCGCUUUUGCUUGAUUUGAAGUUGAUUCAAGGGAGGAACCAUGAUGGGAGUAGCAAUGUGCCCAUCACAGAGGCCCAGUUUGUGGAGGAGAUCCAUGGGAGUGGCGUUUUGGUUUAUGUUUCAGCGACUUGGUUGUGCGAAUUGUACCAAAAUGUCUUGGCUAAGUCGUUGUUGUUGACGGCGGGGUAUGACCCCAAAUCGCCCCAACAACCAGCUUUGGUCAAUCUUUUGACAGAUGUUGGGGGUUUGUGCCCAUCGCAGCUACUUUCCGACUGGCAAAAGUUGCAAAAAGUCCAUGGAAGUCCAGAGAGUAGUCCUGAAGUGGAAGCCGGAGUGAAACUCUCCCGGAGGGUUUUGACAUGUUGUUGGGCUUCUGUGGUUUCAGUUUUGGGGGCACCACUCGGCGAGAAAAACACCUUUGCUGGGACUUCAGCCUUGAGUCGACUGGUGGCACGAAGGGCUCGGCAAAAGUACCGCCAAAGGAUACGUGAUGAUAUCAUUACUGCGUGUCUUGAAGGCUUACAUAAGGCUGCCAGUCUUAGUAACACUUUGAAGUUGCAGUCCCGGAGUUGCAGUAUCUUGUCGUUACUUUCUGCCUCUUCUUGUAAGCCUCAAGGGGCCAAACUCCCGGCUUCCCAUGCCCUAUCCUUGGAUGUCCUAUUAUCCAAAGGGCUGGCCCUUGGUUCGCACAGUUCCACUUGCUGGCCUCAUGUCUUCUCCGCUUGUGUGGCUGUAGCCAACCUCGAACAUGCCCUUUUUAGCAAAACUGGGUCCACGCAACUCCUCAUGGUCGCCCAAAACACCCAAAACAAUACUGUGACCUCAAGCACUUACACCAACAGUGAGAGACUUAACAUGACGUUCAAUAUCAGUAACGACGAAGAGACUUGCGUGGACGUUUACAGUUUUCUACAUAAUGCCUCGUAUGCCUCUGCAAACUCCUCCGAUGCCUCGAUUGCCGAAAUUGUGGAACGGAGUGGCGCCCACAAUGCCCAAAGUCAGGGCAUUUUGCGAGGAGUUCAUGCCGCGAAAGUUUGUUGCGUUUUGUCACAAAAAGCCGACGAGUUGUUUCAUUCAGCGGCGUUGAGGCUGUCUCUGCCGGGGCUUUGUAGCUUCUUGACGGAGUUGUGCAAAGCGUCGCAUACACAGCUCUUCACCCGUUACGAGGACGCCCCUCGUCAGCAGAAAAAAUGGUGGAAAAAAGAGCUGGAGUCCCAUCAAAAACCCCCCGCCACUCUACUCCUCCACCGAAUUGGCGAAGUAACCCUCAAAUGUAUCCGCUCUGGGCGCCCCCUCAUCCACACCAUGAAAGUCUGGUCGAUUGUAGGCCCCCAUUUCAUGCAAGCGGCAUGUCACAAAGACCGCACAAUCUCGAAAAAAGCAGUCCAAUGCAUCCACGACGCAGUUACCGCUCUGUUGAACGAGCAAGCCGAACUACCACACUUCCAUUUCAACGAAGCCCUAAUCAAACCCUUCGAAAAUUUGCUAUGUUUGGAGCUGUGUGAUUUGGACGUUCAAGACCAGAUCGUGUCAUGUCUUUGCGAGUUUGUUGAAGCCAAUAGGACUGAAAUCUGCUCGGGUUGGCGGCCACUAUUCGGCACUUUGAGGGUGGCAAAUGCGAAGAACAACGCAGCGGCCAUUUUGGAUGUUUUCCGGAUUUUUCUAUCUACAGAUAACACGUUGGUGUUUGCCAACGCGGCUCUCGAUUAUAUUUUGUGUCUUUUGUCGCACAUCAAAAACACCAAUUUUGAGGAAAUCGAGCCUCAAGUGAAGCCACAAGAGAAGAAAGGGUCCUUUUUGGAGACAAAAGACGAUUUUCCCUCAAAACUAGUCCUCGGACCUGUCGAUUUAUGCAUCGAGAGCCUCAAACUCCUCCAAAAUUGCGCCGCCAUCUUGUCAAUGAUGUACAACAUGCCCAAAUGCCCCAAUUUCAACAUGACCCAUCGCAUGAGUAUUGACACCGAUCCUCAAGUAGUUGAUCCAAUCAUCCAAAACAUUGAAGUUGUCAAUUUCAACCAAGACCUCUACGAUCCGAUAAGUUACUCAAUUUUGAGUACUCGACACGACUUGGAAUUGUGCGAAUCGAGUGGCAUUACUUUGACCAAAAUGGACCGUCAAAGUAACGUUUUGAAAAUAUGGUACAUCCUCCUUGAGGGUCUUUCUUCGGCUUCCAUCAUGUCGGCUCAUAAAAACCAACCAUUCGUGGUUGAAACCCUCUUCAAACUUUUGAGGGACUUGAUCGACAACCCAGGUGUCAAUUUCGGGUUGUACUCCAUAAACCAUUUGGUACUCCCAAUGGUUCAAAACUGGAUGCGUCAAAAUAGCAAAAUCCAGAAACCGGGCGAAAUCUGGCAGAAUUUUAAACACUGUUGCGGCUUGGCUAGUGAGCUUGUGGUUGAUUAUUUGCACCAUUUGCAAGGUUUUGGGAAUUUUGUGGAAAACCCAGCUGCGACUUUAGCCCUCAAACAACUCCUUUUGAUCCUCAUUGAGUGUGUAACCCAACCGAGUGAGAACAUAGCCCGUUUGGGUACUUCCUGUAUCCGACAUGUGAUUCUCAGCGCUGGCAAAAUCCUAACUGGGGGGCAAUGGGAAAUUUUGGUUGUAGCCCUCCACAGGGCUUGUACCAUCUCCCUCAACCCUCUCCACCAACUAACCCUAGCUUUUAAGGAAAAUUCCGAUAGUUUCUACGGUGAUUUGGCCACAGUUAAGGUUGCAGCCCGCAAGGAUAGUACCAUUUCCGAAAACGAGAGGUUGUACGAGCUUGCCCAACAAGUUUUUCUCAUGCAAUGUCAACGCAACUGUCCUAAAUGUGACAAAGUGUGCGAGUGUGACGCUAGUAUGACAAUUGACGAUCGCAGUUAUGUUUUUCUCCUGUACCCGCUUGACAUGUCGUCCAUUUUGAACCCGGAUUUGUACAUUGUGAGGGUACCAUUUAGGAAUCUCGUUGUGGGGAUUUUAGCCCACCAAAUGCUCAUUCAGACGAUUUCCAGUGCACUUUUGCAAAAUUUGAACCAUAUUACCCCGAUUUUGAACAUUUUGCAAAUCAAUUCGUGUAGUUUGCGUGGGAUUUUGACCCAUGUUAAUGCCAAACAUGUCGAUAUACUUUUGAAGUGUUUGGAUGUGAGCAAUGCCCGAGCUAAGCAGUUUGAUGUGAGGCCUGGUUUGAAGUUUCUGACUCAAAAAGUGGGUAAUUUGAGCAAAGCUGCGAAUUUGUACACGCAAGCGAACACGUCCGAAGUGGUCCAAAUAAUUGUUUUGAUCGAGUUGUGUCUCGAUGGGAUUGAGAAGUACUCGAUUAAACCCAAGGAUUUGAAGGAGUUGCUUGGGAAGGAUGGGAAAGUCAAGUGUACUAAUGAUUUGGACUACGUUGAACAGUUUUUGAGAAGAUUGCAGAACAAGUGGGAGUUUCUAUGCGAGUCCUAUAUUCACUUAACUAUAAAUAUCCCCGAAACGGUUGUGCAAGACAGUGAAGACGAAAAUCUUGACCUAAUUGAGAAACCUCGACCAUUCAAAUUGUCAGAUUUUAAGCAAGAAGAGGACACUUUGAGUUCAAGUACCGACUCGGAGGGGUAUUUGGAGAAGGAAGUGUUGCCAAAUGUUAAAACCGAUGUUGAUGAGGGGGAAAAACCGAAGUUGCGUCAGAGUUGUAGUCUUGAUGAGACACUUUUGAAAAAGACGAAGGAAGUUUCGUCGACUGAUGACGAAACGAAUGAUAUGGCGGCUAAAUAUACGAAACAGAUUCAUGACAAGUAUAAAGUUGAGCUAAAUUCGAUUAAAUAUGACACUAAUACGUUGCUUCAAAUGCGAAAAUCGACCAUUUCCAGUGAUAAUAUUACGAGUUGUGAAAGUUUUGAGAAGAAGACACCGAGUCCCAGGAUGAAUCCGUUUAUGGUGGCGAGUGUGCCGCCACCGCAGCCGAUACCGCCGGAAAUUCAACAGCAGAGGGCUAUAAGUAUUUUCAAGGAUUCUGAGGCAUACAAAACGACCCGGAUUGAGACCAUGGAGGCAUGCCUCGAGCUUUUGAGUAGCUUAUCAUCGGAAAAGCUCUCGCCUUUGGCCACCGUCUUGAAACAAGGCGCUGUUCUUCUAAUCGGAGCCCAAGACGAGAAAAUUAAAAACGCAGCUGAGAAUCUUCUCAAACGAAUGAACAUCUCAUACAUUGACCACGAUAAUUUUUAAUUCAUUUGCACUCUUUAAGACUGGAGUUGGAAGUCUGAUGGCAAACUUUGUGCUUAUUUCCCUCUAUUGUAGAAUAAUAAAUGUAUUUUAUGACGAAUGUACAGAGAAUGGUAGACAAUAAAGGUGAGCUAAAGUGGA